UAAACAAAUCACACGCCCUCGAGCCAAUAGCCGAUGUUUCCAGAGCCAAAAUGAAUGUUUGCAAGCCCAAGGCGGUUGGUCCUGAUGGACUUUUUGUGAGGAAGCGUUUCACGCGACAUCCGGUGGUGAUUUCGGCCAAGAGAUUUGCUGCCAUACAAGGACGCUCUCGCCAGGAUGAGAAGCAUGCCCAAAUGGAGGCCGUGGAGGAGGAGCGAAGAUACCGCCAGUAUCUGAAGGAUGGCAACGAUCUGCUGUGCAGCUUAUUCACGGAUCCCACAGUUCCAAAAGUCAAGAAGUCGGAAAGGGCCAAGCUCAAGGAGGCCAAAGAAGCCGUCAAAGAAGUGGACACCAAGUUGGCGGACGAGCGUUUGCGCAAGCAGAGGAUCCUGCGGGCCAACAACCUAUUGGAUCAACUGAAGCCCGGACCGCGAGCCCUGCACCAGGCUCUCCUGGAGAGCGAGAUGAUCCACCAGAGGAAGUACCAUGAGGCCUUAAAUGAGGAGAUAGCCGAGGCAGCCCGUGCGCAGGAGAGGGCCGAUGAGGACCUAUGCCCGGCAGCUCUAGUACCCUUUGGUCAUGCCACCGAGGAGGAGGAGGUAGCCAAACAGACGGCCAAAAACCUGGAGCACGCCAAACUCAUGCGUGAGGACAUUGCGCAGAGAGAGAAGAUCAGGGAAGCCGAGCGGGAACAGAGGAUCUUCGAGGAGAAGGUGGAUCGGGCGCAGUACAAAUGCCUGCAGGAGAAGGAGGAGAAGGAGCUCAAGGAGAAGAAGGCUCGAAAGAUAGCCUUCUACCGCAAAGCUCAUCGGGAUGCCAUAGAGGAGAAGGCCGAGAUCGCAGAGCACGAGAGGAUCUGCGAUGCCAUCGACGACCGGCGCAACUGCGUCUAUAUCGUGGCCAGCCGCAACCUGGACAGUCGCUAUGGAAGGCAUGUUAAGGAGCUUCGGCAGAAGCGUCAGCAGGACAGGGAGCAAAAGGCUAUCCUCGUCUGUCGAGCGCAGAAGGCGCUCGAAAGGAAGCUGGAGGAGCGCCAGAUAAAGGAGGAGGACCGCCACGCCUUCGAGACGGAGGUGGACCAGAACCGGCGCCUGUGCGAGAUAGAAGUUUUGGCCAAGCAGCGCAGGGCGUACCAGUUGGUGGAGCGGGAGCAGGACGCCGAGAAGCUUCGGCGACAACAGGAGCUGCAGCGCUUCCAUGUGGCCCGCCGCCUCAAGAACGCCGAGGCCAAUCGGUUCUUCGAGGCCUCCCAGAAACGAAAGAGGGACAAGGUUAAGGAGGACCUGCGAAACGUGCUCUUCGGCCAGAGGGAUGAGUUCCUUGAGAAGCGUCGCGCUGAACUGAUGCAGCUGACUGCCUGCAAUGAGGAUCCCUACUUGGAGGACGACAAGAAGUUCUUCGAGCAGGCUGUCCAGAUAAUGGAGGAGUCCCGGAAAGUUGGUCGACCCCUGUACCCCAUUGCCACCGCCGUGGAUCGCUACGAGCGGGAGAACCAGCUGGACAUGCGACCAGAGGGCAAGAUAGUGAAGAGAAGUCGCCUGCGGGACUACUGCUGGCCGGGAUUCUAUUCCAAGGCGGAACUGGCCUACAGGAAGUACGAGCAGCGCGAGAUGUGCCGCGAGGAGCAGGUGGCCGAUCGCCACCAGAUCUACUGCAAUUCCGUGAAGAUCAAAAAGCUGGCCGAGGUGGAAAGCCCGUAUACGCCCUGCGUGGCCUCUUGCCCCAUCAAUUGCUUCCAUCGCAGGGGAAUGCCCGCCACGGACAGCACGGAAUCCUUUGACUACGGCCGUCAUAUCUGUUACACGGACACCCCCACCGUUGGGGCUUGUCCUGGUCCCAUGCAGGUGAUCCACAACGAUCCGCUGGAUAGCCAGAGGAAAAUCAGCCAGAUGUCGAUGAAACUGCCACCCAUGCCAGAUUUGACUAAAAAGGAACCACCAUCCUUUCGAGCGGUUGCAAACAGGGUUAUCGGUUCUAUAACCAAGCCCGAAUUGGUCCCAACUGUCCAGACGUCGACCACAAGCUUAAAAGGUCCUCCUGCACCUACAGGUCCGGUAACCAGACCAGCAGCACCCACUCAGCCUGAACCUAAAUCUCCAGACAAUGUCAGUCUGCCGAAAUCCCAGCCUCCCGUGAGGCCUAGGACAAAACGAGGCUCCAAGAAGGCCAGUUCCGUGACAAAGCCGCCACCAACUGGUAAUGAUAGACCAGCACCAGUGCCGAAUCCAACGGGAACCUGGGGAUCUGGGUCUCUCCAGCCAGCCCCGACCAAGAAGGGAAAGUAACCAAGAAACCUUGACUUGAUUUUACCAAAAUUUACGUUCCUAGAACUUAUUGUAUUGAUGUUGUCCGUUCGCCAAAGAUAAAUAUAGAAAAAGGAAGCCCA